AUGAUAAAGAGAAAUAAAUGUCCGAGGAUUAAAAUAAGAAUAGGUGAAAGUAAAGAAUGCUUUUUAUUAGAUACAGGAGCCAAGAUUAGUUUGAUGGAUUAUAAUAAAUGGUUUACAAAAGAAAGAUUUACAGCUAGAAGAAUAAUAGCGAAACAAUUAGACGGUAAUACAGUUAAGAUUUUACGUUUUUAUACGAUUAAAUUGGUAGAAGUAAAGAAAGAGAUAACGAUAUGGAUUACUACGUUAAAGAUAGAGCCUAUCUUAGGUUGGAAUGAAAUUAAGAAUAUUGGUCCUGAUUAUAAUUGGGGGACUUUGUUUGAAGAUAUCCGGGAGAACAACAAAAGAACUAAAGAGAUAAUAAGAAAAUUUUUAAUUAGAUAUAGAAGCAACAUAGAAGAAAAUAAGGAAAUAGGAAAUAUAAGGACAAUAGAGGUAGAUUCAGUCGAAAUCAAACAACAAGCAAUUAAGAAUAUGGUAGAACUGGAUAUUGUUGAGGAUAAUUUCAAGGAAGUCUUUAAAGAGGAAUUAGGUACUCUGAAAGAUUUUGAAGUAGAUAUACGAUUAGAAAAAAAUUAUCGACCUAAGUUUUGCGGCAUAAGAAGAUUACAGCUUUCGUGGAUAGAAGAGAUAGAUAAAGAAUUAGACAAAUGGCUUAAAGAAGGAAUAAUAAAAUCAAUAGUGCAUAUUGUAUGGGCAACACCUUUAGUUCCCAUAGGAAAACAGGAUAACAGAUUAAAACUAUGUAUAGACUAUAGAGUAUCGGUAAGUGAGAAGACAAGUAAAAUAUUAACGAUUACAACGCAUAGAGGAUUAUUUGCUUUUUGUCGUUUACCAUUUGGUUUGAAAGCAUCGGCUCCAAUAUUUAAAAGUCCUAUGGCGGCAUUAUUUCAAGGAAUAGGGGGAGUAAUGUAUUAUUUAGAUGAUGUUUUGAUAUGUGGUAGAACAGAAGAAGAACACAAUACUAGAUUAGUUAAAGUGUUAGACAUAAUAUUAGAAAAUGCAGUAGAUGCAUCUAAUGAAGGUAUAGGAGGAGCUUUAUUACAGAUGACAGAUAAUGUUGAGAAACCGAUUUUAUUUUUAUCGAGACGAUUUAGUAGCACUGAGAAAAAUUACUCCACAAUCGAGAAGAAGGCUCUGGCUGUGAAAUUUGGGCUAGCGAAGUGCAAAUAA